GCCUACCGCCAUGUUCUGGCUGUGCGCGACGGUGGCGACCCUGGCGGUGGUAGCGACUGACGCUGUGCGCGAGACAAAGACCAGCUUUGUACCGAUAAAGCUGCCGACGGACUUUGCUAGCUACGACGUCGACACUAACGGCUACGUAGAGAUCCAAGAGCUAGCGAAUGUGUCUGACACGACCGUCGAGGAGUCGAGCAAACCGUUCGAAGCCGCCGAUGUCAACAUUGAUGGUCUCAUAUCGGAGAAUGAGUUCUACUCCGCACCUUGGGAUCUCAGUGGUGGUCAGAUGCGUUUGAGGUCCCGUCAAUCGUCGCCAGAGGUCGCGAGCGAGCAGAAGGAUACCCGGACGAAACUCCGUACGGUUAAUGGUGAACCCGGAAUCGGGGAUAAUGAAAACGGAAUUGGUGAUCAUGAAUCCGGAAUGACUGAUGAUAAGUUUGCAAUGGAUAAAAGUAAAUCCAGAAUGGAUGACGAUGAAAACGGAAUUCGUGAUGGUAAAUCCGGAAUGGUUGAUGAUAAAUUUGGAAUGGAUGAAGGUAAAUCCAGAAUGGAUGACAGUGAAAACGGAAUUCGUGGUGGUAAAUCCGGUAUGAGUGAUAAUCAAUUCGAAGUGGAUGAAGGUAAAUCCGGAAUGGACAAAGAAGAUAAAAACGAAAAUGGUAUUGAUGAAUCCGGAGUGAUUGAUGCUAAAUCCAAGACGGAUGAAGAUAAACUCGGAAUGGUUGACUAUAAAUCCGAAACGAUUACAGAAAAAUACGGAAAGGAUAAUGGUAAAUCCGCCAUGAUCAAGGAUUAGACUAGAGGACAUUUAGUACAGUUAAAUAUCGGAGGAUGAAGUAGGCUGGUUGCUUGCAACACGCGUGUCUCUCGUGACGUCUGGAUAACCCCAAGAUAUGACACAAAGCCACAAUAACACACAAACCCACAGUAACACACAAACCCACAGUAACACACAAACCCACAGUAAAACACAAACCCACUCUAAGACACACACCCACAGUAAAACACAAACCCACAAUAACACACAAAACCACAGUAACACACAAACAGACGAAUCGAUUUCUGAUGAAGUUUCGACAGACAGCUAUUUACAGUUUUAUCUGCUAUUUACAGUUUUUAGUCGACAUGCUGUUAUCGAACGCGAUAGAUCUAUAACAUUCCGUGUAUGUAAAUACGCUUCGGUGCCACUGCAGAUCAAACACGCUAUCCAGGGAAGUUUUAUACUUUACGUUGUGCGUAUUCCUUGUAGUUUCCUUCGUAGUUCUCUCACGCGGAAGUUUCAAUUGCUCUUAGAUGUGGAGUGUUGUCUCGGUAAGGCAAUUAGCGUGUGUGAGCGUGUACGAUCAACGUGAUAAAAGCAGUUUCUAACGAUUUCUAAUACUUAAGCCGCAGUGUAAACAGAUGUCGGACAGAGAGGCCUAUGUAAUUAUGCUCCAUUAUCGGUUCGUUGUUUACUCAAGCAUUCUCGGAUUGAAUCAAACUAUUCUGACAGUCACGCACGUACGCACGCGCGUUCGUUCGCUCGCUAGCGGGUGUGUUGUGCGAGCGAAUUAUAUGCGAUUUGAUUUUUGCGAUAGGCCAGACGAAAGUUGUUUUCAAGUGUUACGAGAGAAGCUACGAACGAAUUGAAGUACUAUUCACACAAAGAUGGCACUGUACUGUAUUAUACGAAACUCUACUGCACUGUACCGAACUGUACUGUCGUGUACUGAACUGUACUGGGAAAGUUACCGCGGCGCGUUUUCCCCCUUGGUUCGCUCGUGUGAUUUUCUCGGAUAUAGAUGUUUCUUGCGUCGAGAGACCGACUAUACGAGUUUUUUCGGGCUAUGAAUCAGACACCACCGACAAGAACGCACUUACGAAGCACGGCAUGUGUGUCCGUUCCUAAAUACUGCUGGCUGCGGGCCAGCGUGUGUAUUUGCAGCUGUCCGCUACAUGCCCCUCUGCUAGACAAACGAGAGAGAGAGAGAGAGAGAGAGAGAGAGCGAGAGAGAUAGAGAG